AUGGCAAUAUCGAAUAAAGACAAACCCACUGUUGUGAUUAUUGGGGCGGGACUGACGGGGUUACUUGCAGCACAAGGGCUAAAGCAGAAUGGGUUUAGAGCGAUUGUCGUUGAAAAGGAAGAGGGCAUCGAUGCGCGGCCUCGGGAAUGGACGAUGCUCGUGCAUUGGGCCAUGCCCAUUUUUCAGCGUCUGGUACCCGAGGAUAUCCUCCAAGACCUGGACGAUGCUCUUUGCAACCCACAUCUUCAAUUUGACGCAGAAGUAGAGACUCUCCCUUGCUAUAAUGGCGUCACAGGAAAGCUUCUCUUCCGCAGUCCUACGCCCGGCGCACGACGUGUCAGCCGUAGACGUUUGCGCGCGCUCCUUGCUCGAGAUGUUGACAUACGAUGGGGCUUGUCUUUGAGAAAAAUCACUCAAUUGGAGAAUGGCAUCAGAGCAAACUUUGAAAACGGCACAUCAAUUGAUGCCGACUACCUUUUCGGAGCCGAUGGCACUUCAUCGAGAGUGAGGGAGUUGCUUGUCGGAGCAGAGGCGGCGCAGCCCCAAGGUUCCGGAUUCUUAUUCGCGACGGGCAUCAAUCAGUUUGAAGAAGCGGAAAAGACUGGUGUCAUUGUCAACAAGCACCCUGUGGCAGCACUUAUGAUGGGAACCGGCUCCGUCGGCGGCAUUGGCGUUGUUUCCGUCAAGAAGCCCUUUGAUAAAUCCACGUGGACAACGUUUUGGGUCAAAAUAUGGCGUGGCGAACCAAUCGACCUCCAAGGACGCGCCGCGCUUGACUAUGUCAGAAAACGAACAGCUCCGUUGCGUGACGAGUUUCAACUAGCGAUAGAUUGGACUCGGGAUGAUUCCUAUGUCAGCGUGAAUGAAAUGAAGUAUUGGGUUCCAGUAGCCUGGGACAACUUGGAUGGGCGUGCCACGCUCGCUGGAGACGCAGCUCAUCCAAUGCUUAUUUAUCGUGGUCAGGGCUUCCAACACUCAAUUACGGAUGUGGAUAAUUAUGUCAGUGCACUCGUGCAUCUGCAUGCUCCAAAUACUGCGGGGAACAACGUGUCAAGGGUGGACGUUAUGGGUGCAUACGAUGACGAAGUGGUUCAAAGAGGCGCCACUGCUGUGGAACAGUCUCUUUGCGAGGCGGAAAAAUCGCUCGAUAUUCACACGGUAGAACAGAUGUUGAUGGCAACCAAGGGGCACGGAAAAUAG